AUGGUUGAUAGUUCUGCUCAAUCCAAAAUAAAAGUAGAAACCAAGUCUGAAAAGGUAAAGAUUGAUGAACCAAAAAAGGAUGUGAGUGGUGCCCCAGCAAAGAAAGUCAAUGUUGCUAUUCCAAAGAAAGAUGAAGAGGACGAGGACUCUGAUGAUGACGAUGAUGACGACGAUGACGAUGAGUCUGAUGAUAAGGAUAAAUCUGGAAGUGAGAUGGAUGCUGAUAGUGAUGAGGAUGGGAGUGAUGAAGAUGAAAAGACACCUGUGAAGAAGGUAACAUUACUGUGUGGUCGACCAGAGCAAGAAGAGACCAAAUGUGUCUACAACAAAACUCCAGUUCCUGCUGCUAAAAAAGCUAAGAAUGUAACUCCUGCAAAGUCUGGUGGCAAGAAAAUUUCACAUGCACCAACCCCUCACCCCGUGAAGAAAGGUGGAAAUCCGAACAGCGCAGAGAAAUUCUAG